AUGAAGACAUCAACCCUACUUCAAGCACUUACAGUUGCUUCAACAACUCAGGCACUCUUUGGUGGACUCGGUGGUCUUUUUGGUGAUAAGAAUGACCAGGUUUUAUUGGUGAACGAAAAUGUCGAACACCAAUCAUCAGUUGAUGCCGAGUUAGAUGCCAUUUAUAAUCAAAUGGAAUAUUCGCCAGAGAUUUUGACUAAAGCCUGGAAAGAUAUGCGAACUAGGUUAUCGCCCUCUAAAAUUUCCCAAUUGGUAAAACAGUAUAGGCAGAAAUUAACUUCACCAAUGAAGAAAUUGAAGUUGGAGCAAGAAGAGUCUGAGCAGUUUGAAAUUUUGUCCAAUGACAAAUUCAGGGAUUAUUCAUUAAGAAUCAAAAAUACCAACCCAGAAAUUUUGGGUCUUGAUACCGUCAAACAAUAUACUGGGUACAUUGACGUCGAAAGCAUUGAUCAUCACUACUUUUUCUGGUUUUUCGAGAGUAGAAAUGACCCUAAAAAUGAUCCAAUCGUUUUGUGGUUGAAUGGAGGACCAGGAUGUAGUAGUGCUACGGGUUUGUUCUUUGAGUUGGGACCUUCUUCAAUCAAUUCCACAUUGCAACCGGUCUACAAUCCAUAUUCAUGGAACUCCAACGCUUCAGUAAUUUUCUUGGAUCAACCAGUUGGUGUCGGUUAUUCAUAUUCAGGUGGUGAUGAAGUGAGAAACACCGAGACUGCAGCCAAGGAUGUCUAUGUAUUUCUAGAAUUGUUUUUCCAAAAAUUCCCCCAAUUCACCCAAAAUAAGUUCCACAUUGCUGGAGAAUCUUAUGCUGGCCAUUAUGUUCCAAAAUUUGCUAGUGAAAUUAUCAAUAAUGCUGAUCGUUCGUUCGAAUUGGCAUCAGUUUUGAUUGGUAAUGGUAUUACAGACCCUUUGAUUCAGGCAGGAGAGUACAGACCAAUGGCAUGUGGUCAAGGUGGGUACAAGCCCGUCUUAACAGAAGAGCAAUGUGAUCAAAUGGAGCGUGAUUUCCCAAAAUGUGCAAGUUUGGCAAAAUUGUGUUAUAAAUUUCAAAAUGCAUUUUCCUGUGUUCCUGCUCAAUACUAUUGCGAUCUCAAACUUUUGCAACCUUAUAUCGAGACAGGUUUGAACCCAUACGACAUUAGGAAACCUUGUGCAGAGGAAGGAGGUAACUGCUAUUUGGAAAUGAAUUACAUUGAUGAUUAUUUGAACUUGGAUUAUGUUAAGCAAGCUGUUGGUGCUUCCAACAUUGACAUUUUUACCUCCUGUGAUGAUACUGUAUUCAGAAACUUCCUUUUGGAUGGAGAUGAGUUUAAGCCUUUCCAACAAUAUGUUGCAGAGUUAUUAGAUCACCAAAUUCCCGUCUUGAUUUAUGCUGGUGACAAGGACUAUAUUUGUAACUGGUUAGGAAACUACGCGUGGGUUAACAAGUUAGACUACGAGCAUGGUGAAGCUUUUGCCAAUGAGCCUUUGAAACCAUGGAUUACAACUAAAGUCACCACUACUGGUGACACUUCACUUGAUAUUCAAUUUAAGAAGAGGCCAGCUGGUGAAGUCAAGAAUUACAAAAAUUUCACCUUCUUGAGAGUAUAUGAUGCUGGACACAUGGUUCCAUACGAUCAACCAAGCAACUCCUUGUUAAUGCUUAAUACUUGGAUUCAAGGUGAUUAUUCAUUUGGGGUUUCCCCAAGUUGA